CCAAUAGUACGGUAGUCUUGUUCCAACCAUUUCCAGAACCGCUGUCAACUCUAACAGAGGUCCUGUACUAUUUCUCCUUUUGUCCAAUCCCUCCGGUGGACAAUUGUCGUUUAUUACGUAUAUCUCAAUUCUCUUUUCUUCUAUUAAUGAUGUUGCGCUACGACAAUUUUUCUUCGUCCGCGACGUUACUACUCUUGCUCGCUGCGACUGUUCUUUUUACUGGCGUUGAAGUACAAUCUCGAGAACUUGAUUGUCGGCGAUUUGUAUUUGCUCCAAUCUGCAGGGGUGCCACUAUCAAAAGAUCGUUUGUUCCGAACGAGGGCGUUAACGAAGAAGAUGUCCGCGAAUUGUUGAUGAGUUACCCUAAACAACAAACGAUGGAAACAGAAAAUCAACCCUUCUUGAUACCUAUGCUGAUUGACCGGCGUUUUGUUGACGUCCGUUCACCAAUUAAUCGCCAUCAGGCGACAAAUUGAUGCUGAAGACUGACUGUACCCGAAGGGCUGAUUCAUUAAAGGCUCACGAACCUUUUUAGUGUAUUGACCUUUGAUUCGUUACCCACCCACAAAAAUGUGUAUCGAUGUUUCUCCCAAGUCUUUCGUUACCAUUUCCACACGAUUUUAGACAAUCUUGUUUAUUGUAAUUUAAUUAAACACAAAUGGGCAAAUAAAGGGAAACGUGUCAAAUCCAA